CCUCCCUUCACUUCCUGGUGUUUUCAAACUGGAUGUCACAAGCGGCUGCCGAGCGGUUUGUCAAACCGGUCCAAAGUUGUCGAGACACGGGAGGAGGAUGAACUCAAAGACGAGGAUACUGCAGCUGUGUGAAGUCUGUACGCUGUGUGAACCUCGUGUGACAAAAUGAUAAAGAGACGCUAUGCUUUCAGCGGCUAACGGAACGCUGCUGUAACACAGGGACGGGCUAGCUGCUUCGCUAGCUGCUGCUAGCCACUUAGCAUCGUCAGUUAGCAUCGAAGUGUCAGUUUUUAACGAGUCAAGUUGUGACUUCAGAUACGACUCAAGAGGACUCUUUGUGAGUGUCCAGAAGAGGACAACAUGGAGAACAAGGACAAAGUACAGAUGAGGAACCACCCUCGCAGACAGUUGAAGAAGCUGAGCGAGGACAGCCUCACCAAGCAGCCGGAGGAAGUCUUCGACGUCCUGGAGAAGCUGGGCGAAGGGUCGUAUGGCUGUGUGUUUAAAGCCCAUUAUAAAGAGACGGGCGAGAUCGUAGCCAUCAAACAAGUUCCCGUGGAAUCUGAUCUUCAGGAGAUCAUCAAGGAGAUAUCCAUCAUGCAGCAGUGUAACAGUCCUCACGUCGUGCGCUACUACGGCAGCUACUUCAAAAACAGUGACCUGUGGAUCGUUAUGGAAUAUUGUGGAGCCGGAUCAGUUUCCGAUAUCAUCCGAAUACGCAACAAGACGAUAACAGAAGAGGAGAUCGCCACCAUCCUGCAGUCCACUCUGAAGGGUCUGGAGUAUCUUCACUUUAUGAGGAAAAUCCACAGAGACAUCAAAGCGGGAAACAUCCUGCUGAACUCAGAGGGCCAGGCCAAACUGGCCGACUUCGGAGUUGCUGGACAACUCACAGACACCAUGGCGAAGAGAAACACGGUCAUCGGCACGCCGUUCUGGAUGGCUCCAGAGGUCAUACAGGAGAUCGGGUACAACUGCGUGGCUGACAUCUGGUCUCUGGGAAUAACGGCUAUUGAGAUGGCCGAGGGGAAGCCGCCCUACGCCGACAUACAUCCCAUGAGGGCCAUCUUCAUGAUUCCAACCAACCCUCCGCCAACGUUCAAGAACCCAGACCUGUGGUCUCCGUCGUUUCGAGAAUUUGUCAGCCAGUGUUUGGUGAAAAACCCCGAAAACAGGGCGACGGCCACACAGCUGUUACAGCAUCCGUUCAUCAAGUCGGCCAAGCCCAACUCCGUCCUCCGGGCGAUGAUCACGGACGCCAUGGAGAUCAAACUGAAGAGCCAGGAGGAGGAACAGAGAGAGCAGGACGCAGAAGACGACGAGAACUCGGAUGAGGAUGAGGUGGACCAGGGGACUAUGGUGCGGGCAGGAGCGGGCGACUCAGGAACCAUCAGGGCCGCCGGCUCAUUAGCCAGUUCGCUCGGCGGCACGGCUCGGACGAUGAUCUCACACGAGGACACGGGAACCAUGCAGUCGCAGCUCGGCACCAUGGUCAUCAACUCUGAGGACGAGGAAGAAGCUGGAACUAUGAAAAGGAGAGACGAGACGAUGCAGCCAGCCAAGCCGUCCUUCCUCGAGUAUUUUGAGCAGAAAGAGAAGGAGGCCAACAGUCAAAAUGACGGAGGAGGAAGAGGACAAAACAACGCAGACAACCGCAAACUGCCCGCUGAAGGAGACUUUGAAGUGGUGAACUCGUGGUCGGUGGAGGAGCUGCGACUGCGUCUGGCGUCUCUGGCCCCCCAGAUGGAGCAGGAGAUCGAGGAGAUCCGCCAGCGCUACCAGACCAAGAGGCAGCCCAUCCUCGACGCCAUCGAAGCCAAAAAACGCCGGCAGCAGAACUUCUGAGAAAAGGAACUGCCGAGCUCCUCGCAGCAACGACUGGAUUUUUUUUUUUUUUAUGUCUUUGUGUUCUCUGCAGCAGUUUUGUGAAAUGUCAGCGAGACAGCCGAGGUUUCACAAAAACUCCGCUGCUGAGGUUCGUCCAAAAUAACUGCUCACGAAGACGCCGAGAUCUGGAAAAACUGUGCGGAGACUUCUGAUGAUUUAACUGCUGAAGAAGAAACUUCCAAAGAGCCAUUUGACAGAAUAUGAAUGACGUUUAUUUUGUCUAUUUGAGUCGAGAUCCACGUUCUCUUUAUUCUGUCCGUUUGAGAGUCUUCAAGAACUUUUUUGUUUUGUUUUCCGGAUUAACGGUUUAAAAAAACGCUGAUCUGGAUUAAAAAAAAACGGCAUUUGAGAAAGUUUGAUUUUGACACCAUCAGCAGCUGAUCGGGACUUUCUUUCGGUUUAUUUCAGGGUUGUUACACAGCGAAGAUGUUAUCAGAUCUCUUUAAGUUUUGUUUUUUACUUUAUCAUGUGGUACAUAUCAUUUUAACCGCUGCCUGCUCAACUUAGGUACUCGUCUAUUAACUCCUCAAGUGUUUCCUGUCGUCGUUGGUAAACGAUGAUGCUGCUUUCCGUGUUCCCGCUCUGCACCGUGAAAGUCUCAGAAGUCUGUGGUCUAGAAAUGUAUCAUUCUCUGGUCUUGAAAAUGUUUGUGAUAUGCACAAAGGGCUGAAAAUGGUCCUGGACAUGUUGGCUUCUUUUGUGACAAAUCAAAGUUUCAAGAUCUUUUUAAAAAAAAAAAAAAAAAAAGUACUUGUUUGCCAUCCGCCGUAUUGGA